UUUCAGGAAUCAUGGAUAGAGAGCUAACCCCGAUUUCAAGCCUUUCCCCGGAAAUCUCCAACUUCGCAAUUUGUGAAAGAGUGACUUUCAUGAAGGAAAUCACAAACGGUGUCAGUUUCGAUCUGACUGACACAUAUGGAGAAUCGAUCAGAUGUGUAGCUUUUGGAGCAGCUGGCGAAUAUUGUAAGCGUGAGCUUAAAUUGAAUGAGCUAUGCUAUGUGAUGGAUGGAAAAAUUCAAUUGAAGAGCGACGACUAUCCCAGCUACACAACCCAUGCAUGUGAAAUCAUAAUUUUUAAUGAGCACAACGUCAAGAUUAGACAGGAGGAUCCCGCGACCGACCAAAACGUUGAUGCACCACCUGCAGCUGUGACUCCAAUUGCAAAUCUCAACGAUUCGGUCGAUAAUUUCAAGAUCCAUGGAAGAGUAACACUCAUGGAUGAUAAACGCCGUCCAGAGAAAGUAUUCAGCUUCGAGAUCACGGAUGUUAAUGGUUACACUAUUCGAUGUGUUGCUUUCGGUGAAUUAGGCGUCAGGCUCUACGGAAGUAUUGCGAAGGAUCAGUCGUAUUACCUCACCGGCGGAAAAGUUAAAAAUGGACACACACUGUACAACCAAACUGGACAUGCAUUUGAAAUUAUACUGGAUGAAUUCCCCACGAUUGAACCUGCUCCAGCCGUGUUGACAGUCCCAAAAUUGAACCUCAAUAGGGUCAUGCUCUGCAAUGUCCAAAAUGAGCAAUACUACCGAAAGCCAAUUGACGUUAUUGUUGCUGUUGAAGAAAUCAAUGAUUUUCUCGAUGAUUACCACCCAAUAGAAAAUAAACCUCCAGUUUUGAGAAAUAUGGUGGUCAUUGACGAUUCGAAUUUUAGAAUUCGGCUUACUCUAUGGGGGUAUAGAGCUAUGGAUUCCGGAGUAGAGGAGUUCCAAAACAAAAUUGUGGCAUUCAAAGGAAUUGUUCCAACUCAAUUUGAAGGGGAGUUGUAGUUGAGCGUGACCCCUGGAACGAGAAUCGUUGUUCAACCUGAUGUAAAUGGAGCUGCUCAGCUGGAGGCUUGGUUCAAUGGAUACAAUGCUCGAGGCACUACAACUACAAUCAGUCAGAUUCCAUGAUUACUUUGUGACCUAGACACCCCUGAUUUGUAAAAAAAACUUGAUAUCACAAUAACAUAUUUCAUGAUCUGAACCACACAUCUCCUCCAGUUUUUAUACUUUUUGCACUCAAAUUUCUUCAAUACUUCUCAAAUAAUUCGUUAUCAAAUCUUGAAACAUCUUAAUAUUUCUUAAUAUUCCAAUUAUAUUGUGUUUCAGCUUCAAGGUCCCAUUUUGAUUAUUUGAGCGACCUCCACCCACAACUCCUCCAAUUUUUAUAAUUUAUUCCCACUCAAAUUACCAAUUUAUUUUACCUCAAUUCGAUUCUCAGUGUCUCAUUCAAUAUUCCAAAUAUGUAAUCCAACAUUCCAAUUUUUUAAAUUCCAAAUUAUCCAAACUAUCCAAAUUCCAGUAUUCUAAUAAAUGCACUUAUUAUUCAACU